GCCGCCGCGCAGCCCCACUUCAACGCACAGGGGACCCUAGCGCCGCCGCAGCCAAAAAAGCCACCGCCGCGAGGGUUGCCACCGCAUCAGUGCAGGGCAAGAUGGCGUCUGCCACAGACUCGCGCUACGGACAGAAGGAAUCUUCCGAUCAGAAUUUCGACUACAUGUUCAAGAUCCUCAUCAUUGGCAACAGCAGCGUGGGCAAGACGUCCUUCCUGUUCCGCUACGCCGACGACUCCUUCACGCCCGCCUUCGUCAGCACCGUGGGCAUCGACUUCAAGGUCAAGACCAUCUACCGCAAUGACAAGAGGAUCAAGCUGCAGAUCUGGGACACAGCUGGGCAGGAGCGGUACCGGACUAUCACCACCGCCUAUUACCGGGGUGCCAUGGGCUUUAUCCUCAUGUAUGACAUCACCAACGAGGAGUCCUUCAACGCGGUCCGACACUUCCCUCUGACCGAUCACUCGGUUUACCUCCAGCUCAUAAAGGGGGGCACUGAGUCCCAGGAGCAGCAUGGAGACUAA